UAAAACAAUUAACAGCUAUAUUACUACAAUCACUGCAAACUUUGUUCUAGGGAAUACUAUGCCAUUUAUUGAGUUUAUCUGUUCUUGAUGACACUUAUAAUUUCAAAGUCAUUUAUAUAUAUUCUGAGGAUCACUUUGUUCUUUAUUGAAUGUGUCUCCUCGUGGUGACACUUAUAAUUUUCGUGUAUUUUCCAUAUCUUCCGAGGAACUCAAUACUAUUUACUGGAUGUGUCUCAUCUGGAUGAUACUUAUAUUUUCUAUGUCACGUUCAUAAUUUUAUAUGUAGUUUUCGUGGGUGAUAUUGAUUGGAUAUAAGGAGUAAAUACUUCAUUUCUUUUACAAAGCGAACAAGUUUAAUUCUUGGAGAUGACUUUUUAUAUCCAACAUAAAAGUUCUCUUGAUUUCUGUUAUUUCAUGUUUAGUCGUGUUUAAAUCUAACACAACUUAGAAGAAAAAAUCUAACGUCGUAGUACUGCUAUCGCUAGAUCUCAAAGUUUGUCAGUAUGAGUUGACAGGUCUACUAAAUUUAAAACAUGGAUUACUCUAUCUAUUUCAAAGAGGCGAAGAUUGAUUCCAUAGAAUAAAAUUGCUUCGUUAUCAAUUAAGAAUGGAAGAAGCGCUUCUAGGAAUAACUAUACUUAUCACUUUAUCAGAGAUUUCCUGUCAGAUAUAUGAAUUUGAUUCCACUGGUGCCUGUUGUAACGGUACCCUGGGUUACGCAUUCUAUGACAUGCCGUGUGCCUCACUAAAGUGUUGUGAUCCAAGUGAGACUGUAUCCGUCUCUCCAGUCAAUGCUGCCUUGGGAUAUGUAUUCCGUUGUACGACACGAUCAAAAGUAAAGAAUAAAUGUGUAAAACGUGGGAACUUGCUGAUAAGUACAGAUGAGCCUGGAAUCAAAUAUGGCUCUCGUAUAUGCUGUAAAGGAUUAGAACUAAAAGUGUACUUUAACCAACCAUCCGCUGCCUUUUCUGUAAAAUGUGUUGAUAGUUAUCGGUAGCACUAGUACUGUGUGUUUUUAUUUUAGUUGUUUGAGAUUCCAUGUUUAUUUAAAAGGAAUGUUGAGUAUCGGUGAUUCAUGAUAUAUGUUCUAAAUGCUUUGUCAGUGCCAGAUUCAAUAUGAUUAAAAAGAUGUGGUAUGAUUGCCAACAAGACAAUUAUCCAUUGAAGUCACAAUUUUUUUUAAAGUUAACAAUUAUAUGUCAAAGUACGGACUUCAACGUGGAGUUUUCGGUUACACCCAGAUAUAAAGAGCCACACAAUCCAUAAUGUAAAACAAUUUACAAGAAAACCAAAGUUCUAAUCUAUAUACAAAAACAAAAAACGAGAAAUACCUAAUAACCACAGAAACAAACGACAACCACUGAACAACAAGCGCCUGGCUUAGGACAAGUGCAUGAUAAUAGACUGGUUUGAACGUUUAAACAGUCGCCAGCCUUAAAAACUUACAUUAGUUCUAGUUUCACAAGGAUGACCAGAGUUUACAUGAAAAUAGAAAGA